AUGUUAAUUCAUAAUCCCAAGAAAUUCCUCUCGCUUGCGACUGUCACUUUUGCCAUUUUUACUGUCGUUCAGAGUGCUUCGCUCAGCAAGCGAAUCCAAUCCAAUGCUCCUGGCUGGGAUCCACAUUCAACAUCGUUUCCUUCAGUUCAAUGUGGAGAUGUGGUGUUCCAGUAUCGCUCUGAAGCCGCAAAGGGCAAUGUCUCAAUACCUGAUCCAUACAAUUGGUUUGAAACAUCAAAUGCGAGCGAUUUUGUCAAUGCGCAACUUGCCUUCACCAAGACCUACGUGGAUAAAUUAGAAGAUUUGGAUGUCAUUCGUUCUGUUAUCAAAGAUACAGAUGCAUACUUUCCAUUGUAUGCGCCUACUGCUUUUGGACUCGCUGAUGAUCCAACAUAUCAUUACUACUUCAAGGACAAAGGUGUAAAAUUUUGGCGUUCGUAUAUCUGCAAACAAAAAGAUUUGGAUGAAGCUGCUCGUACCAAUUUUACACCUUUGCCUGGUAAAGUCUUAAUUGAUGAUAGUCUCUUGAAGGGUAAAGUUACUCGUCAACAAGAAAUCUCACCUGAUGGCACCAAAGUGCUGUACAGCGUCAUUGAUCCUGUAACAUAUGGCGAUUCCCGAGUCUACGUUCGUGAUGUUUCAAAUUCUCUCAGCGACAAAUCGCAAGAAGUGCAAGAAGGUGGUUAUGGCCAUUAUCCUGACGUUGUAUCUGGUCACUCUGAGAGUUGGUCAGGUGAUAGCAAGAGCUUUUUCUAUACGAGUCCUGACGGUUCCGUUCGUCAUCAUGUCCUGGGCGCAGAUGUCAAAGAUGAUCCUGUAUUGGUCAAACCUAACAAAGAUGGUAAAACGAAUUGGUGGACUGAUAUUUCAGACGAUGGAAAAUAUGUUUUCGUCUCUGGUCAAGAAAUUGAACGAUCAUACGAAGCUAGACUCGUAUUUGCCGCUUCGCUAGAUCAACAAAUUAAUGGUCCCAUCAAAUGGCUUCCAAUCGCAAACGGUCAUGAUUCCGCUUGGGAUUAUGCAGCAAGCGUAGGUGACAGCAUCUACUUCCAAACCACAAAGGGUGCACCAAACUUACAAAUCGUUCGCUUCAAUCUUGAUUUCUCUAAGGCAGUCUUGACAGAUGAUUUUAGCAUCUUCACACAAGGAGCUGAGGGUGUAACAGUAAUCCCUGAAAGGCCUGACGCAAAGAUUGCAAGCUACGCACCGUAUGACAAAGAUAAAAUACUGCUUGUGUAUAACAAGGAUGACGCAGUAGAACUGAUUGCUUUCAGCCUCACAACAGGUGCUCAACUUCAAAAAGUAGCAUUAGAUACAUUGUCCACCUCGGCAUGGCUUCAAGGAUCUUCCUCAAGCACAGACGUAUAUGUGCAAAUUACGUCUCUGAAUACACAAAGCAAAUUUUAUCAUCUGAAGUGGGAUCGCAAUGCAAAAAGUUUCUCCUCUCAAUUAGCAUUUGAGCAAAAGAGUGGGACCGUUGAUCCGGACAAGUACAUCGUUGAACUUCAAUGGGCGCCGAGUAAAACGGGAAAUGUCACGGUCCCAUUCUAUAUCCUGCGUCGUAAGGAUUUGAAGCUUGACGGUUCUCAUCCUGCCCUUAUCAACUUUUUUGGUGCUAUCGACUACAGUCUUCCUACGCAUUUCAAUCCUAAUCACUAUGCAUUUGUUCAAAAUUAUGAUGCAGUGUAUAUUCUCGCCGCACCACGUGGUGGUGGUGAGCUGGGCGAUGAUUGGCACAAAGGCGGGCAAUUGAAGGACAAACAGAACACAUUCGAUGACGUCCGUGCAGUUAUUGAUUAUGCUAUCGAUCAAAAGUGGACAAGUCCGGGUAAAGUGAUUAUCAAAGUUGAAUCUCACGGAACCGUAGCAGGCGCAGCAGUUGUCAAUCAAGCUCCUGAAGGCUUGAUUGGUGCAUUUAUUGGUAGUCAUGGAUAUUUCGAUUUGCUGCGAAUUGAGCAAUCAAAGUACAAAGACAAACUUGUCCCCGAAUACGGUUCACCAUCUGAUCCUAAGGCCUUUGACUGGUUACGUAAAUAUUCUCCCUUGCAUAACAUUAACCCUAAGAAGGCUUAUCCAACGAUCCUAAUCUUUCCUUCCGAUGAUGACAGUGAAACAGAGGCUUGGCAUAGCUACAAGUACAUCUCUCAGCUGCAAUAUGAAUUGCCCAACAAUCCAAGUCCGCUUUUGUUGGGCAAUAAUACCGGCUUGCAAUCUGAUCGUGAUGCAGUUGCGUUUGCUCUUGUUGCGCAUACUCUCGGCUUAAAGCGUGUAAACUGA